ACUUAUAUUUAUUUGUAUAUUAACAUAAUAAUAUGAUGACUUCUCGAACGCUGUGGGUUUAGGGUGAUAGUACGAAAACAAAAUGGCGGAUAUGCCACUGAUACUAUUAUCUCUGCCGAAGACUGUACGUUGAUAAGAGAUAUCGAAUUUGUUAUCGUCAAGUUUUUCGUCUUUCUUUAGUUAUUUUGUCGACAUGUUGAAAAUAACGUCCGCUGUAGGAAUACAAGCUGUCUCUAUGCUGAAGCACGGACGGAACCCCUGUUAUGUCGCACUCCAAUGCCUUGGUAGAUUGGAUACAAAGUUACAGUGGGAUCAAAAACUCUCAUCAUCUACAUUUCUCAAUAAAAUUGUUAGUAACCGUUGUUGUUUACAUCAUUCAGUCCGGUGUUAUGCCAAAAACAAAGACAAGAAAAGCAAUAAAGGUCAGAAAAAAGUAACUAUUGAUGAAAAGCUUUUGGCUGAGCACUUUAAAUACAAUACCAUGAAAAUCGAAAUGGAAAAAGCUGUGACUGCAUUAAAGAAUAACUAUAUUAAAAAUCUAUCCUUAAGAUCUUCUACAGGAGCUUUGGAUUCGCUUCCAGUUACAUUUGAAGGUGAUGAAUAUGUUAUUCAAGAUUUAGCACAAAUUGUGAGAAAAAAUCCUAAAACAAUAAUUUUGAAUAUGGUAUCAUUUCCACAAGCUAUUCCAGCUGUUUUAGAAUCAUUAAAAGCAUCUGGCAUGAAUUUAAAUCCUCAACAAGAUAAAACUUCUAUAUUUAUACCAAUACCUAAAGUUACAAAAGAACAUAGAGAAAACUUAAGCAAAGGUGCAAAAGCACUUUUUAUCAAAACCAAAGAUACUAUUAAAGAAUUACAAAAUAAAAAUAUUAAAUUAUUAAAAGACAAUGACACAUUGGCAACAGAUUUGGUACACACUUUGCAAGAUCAGAUUACUGCAUUGGCUGAUAAAUAUGUACUGGAUGCACAACGGAUAAUGGAAGAAAAACAAAGUGAACUCAAGGGUGAUUCAUAGUGUUUGUACAUUUACACGAGUUGUAAUUUAAUCUUAGUGGUAGUUUCUUCUACCAAGGUACAUCCCAAAAAUGAUUAAACUCUUUUGUUCAGUUAGAUUUAUACUUACCUGUUAAUUUUUAAUCUGCUGUAGAAACCAGUUUUAAUACUUGAUUAAUGUACUAUCAAUACUGUACAUUUUUGUUCAUUAAAAAUUAUAUGCAUGAAUGUA